AGAUUCAUGCUGUCUCUCAGGGGCCCCAGCCUGAAGGAUGUUGGGUGGAGCUAGACUAGCUGCUCAGCAGGCUAGCUGGCUUCUAGGAGUUGCUUAGUGCUUCUGCAGGGAUAAGACAGAGACUGACAUGGAGCAGGGGAAGCAUCUGCCUGGCCUCAUCCUGGCCCUCACUCUUCUUCAAGGUACCAUGGCCCAGUCGAAACAAGAAAUUCCUGUGGUAAGAGUAGAUGGCAAUCGAGAAGAUGGUUCUGUAGUUCUGACUUGUGACUUAAAAGAUGAAAAUCUCAAAUGGUUUAAAGAUGGGCAGGAAAUAAAUCUCCACAAAAAGAAUAAAAAUAUACAGAACCUGGGAAGCAGUAUCAAGGACCCUCAAGGGAUAUAUUGGUGUCAAGGAUCCAAGAACCAUUCAAGACCACUCCAAGUAUAUUUCAGAAUGUGUCACAAGUGCAUUGAACUAGACGCAGCCACUGUAUCCGGCUUUGUCUUCGCUGAAAUCAUCAGCAUUUUCCUCCUUGCUGUUGGGGUCUACUUCAUUGCUGGACAGGAUGGAGUUCGCCAGUCAAGAGCUUCAGACAAGCAAACUCUGUUGUCCAAUGACCAGCUCUACCAGCCCCUCAAGGAUCGGGAAAAUGACCAUUACAGCCACCUUCAAGGAAAACAAGUGAGGAAACCUUGAACUCAGGAUUCAAAGUAGGUGUCCUUCCUUCUGGAUAUGUCUCAGGAACAGAGCAAUACGUUUUGGAGCACUCCUGACAGAGACUUUCAGCCCUAAAUCUAGAUUCAAGUUUUCCAAAGGUGACAAAUGGAGAAGAAAGGCAAUCAGAACAAAUUCGGAUUUUUCUCAAAAUAAAAUCAAAUUAAAGGACAA